AUGUUUGAUGAUGAUUUUGAUUUAGGGAAAUAAGAUGAUUUGGCCAGUGAAGUGUAGUAGAUGGAGGUGAAAGCAAACACAUUGUAAGAGAAAUCGCAGCAAGACCGAUAUCUGGGUAAUCAUUUGAUGGAUCACACUUAGAAUUCAGCGAAAUGGUAUUAAACUCCUUUAAAAUGAUGGAGAACAAAUUUAAUGAGAUGGAGUCUAGAUUUAGUAAGGCCUUGUAGUAUAAAAACAAAGAAAACACCACAAGCAACAUUAGGUAAAAAAGUGUUUCUGUUGGGAAGAUAUACGCGCCUCAAAAAACAUCAGCUGGUAAGAUAUCUUUACCUAAACAUUAACCUCCUCCAUUAAAGAAAAGCAUUUUAAAACCGAAAAAAUGA